UAUUUUGCUGUCGUGUAUCAAGCGUAGCAGCCAAACGGGAGCGAACAGGCGGGACUGCCCGCCUCCACGUGUACAGAGGCGGCGGCCGCACCCCGGUUGUCAUGGUUCCUCUCACUUCCGGUCUCCGCUCCAGUUUGGGGACGUCAUCAGGCACGCUGCCGGAAGAGCCUGAUCCCGGUCGGGGUCCGGGGUCCCGCGGCCGAGUUGGGGCGGUACGCGGGCAGAGAGCCAUGGAGGAGAGUGGUGUAGAUGGUGCAGCAUCGCCAGCGACUUCUGGAACUGGAAAAUCUAAGCUGGACACUCUAUCAAAGGAUGACCUAAUAAAAUUUGCAAAGAAGCAGGUGGUGCUUUUACAGAAGACAAAGUCAAAAUGCACUGAACUGGAAAAUGAAAUUGAACGGCUUAAGGCAAAACCAUCUAUUGAAGCUAAUGAUGCAGUUAUCCAGGAACUGACAACCAGGCUGGAUUCGGUACUCUUGGAAAAAGCAGAAGCUCAACAAAGUACGCUCUCACUAAGAAAAGAGAAUGAAAAAUGCAAAGAAGAAUUGAAGGUUGCAUUGUCAAAAGAAACGGCACUUCAGGAAGAAAUUGAAUUAUUAAAAAAUCAACAUAUAAACAAAAUUGAAGCUUUAGAAUCUGCUCAAGCAAAACACAAAGAUGAAAUAAUCAAGUUAGAAAAUGAACUUCAGGAGUCAAAUCUCAAGCACAUAACCCACAUUGGACAACUUGAGCAACAGCUUGAAGGCUACUCACUGCAGCAGACUGAAGCAAAGAGGCUAGAAGGAGAAUUAAAUGAGGUUAAAAAAUCUUCUGAGGAUCAGAUUUUGCAGUUGCAACAGCAAUUGGAAUCAGUCACCAAAGAAAAGGAGGGAGAGUUGAAAAGGCUGGAUGAUAUUAAUAGGAACUUCAUGUCUGAAAAUGAAAAUGAAAUUAAGAAUCUUAAAAACACCCAUCAAGAAGAAGUGGCACUGUUGAAGCAACAGUUUGAAUCUGCUGUCAUAAACCACAAGCAGGAACUUAAGAUCUUGGAGGAAAAUUUAGUAGAGAAGCAUUCAUUGAAAGAGAAAAGUCUUGCAAAUGAGCUGAGGGAGAAUACUAGCAAUUAUGAGCUUCAGUUGAAUCAACUGAAAGAUCAGUUAAGAAAAAUAACAGAAGGGCAAAAGGAGGUCCAACAUUUGCAACAAGAGCUUCCAAAAGAAUCGCCCUCUAACUCCAGUGAGCAGGUGAUAUAUCUAGAGGAUUGUGUGAAAAAAUUAGAAUCACAGUAUUGUUCAAUGCAGAGGGAGCUUGUUUACAUGAAAAAUGAAAAAGAGAAGGUUGAAGUGGAACUGCAGCAUGCAAAAGAGGAGUUGUUUCAUGAGCGAGAAGAUUGGGAAUUUAAGAUAAAUGAGCUCCAAUUAUCCAAGGAAGAAUAUAUGACCAUGGUCACAAAACUGACAGAUGAACUUCAUUCUGCUCAAGAACAUUGUGAAAUGGCAGUGGCUCAGUAUUCCUCUGAAAUACAGGUUAUAACAGAACAACAUAAAAAAGAUGUAUCAAUGUUAAAGCAAACUUUACUUUCUGAAGCUGAAAAUGAAAAACAAGAAUCUCUUCUUAAGAUAGAUAAUUUGACAAAGCAAUGCCAAACAUUAUCAGAAGAGAAAGAGGAGGCAGAGAGUCAAUAUGAAAACUUGCGUAAAACCUUGGAAAUCCUACAGACGGAAUUGGGAGAAUCUGCUUCAAAGAUUAGCCAUGAGUUUGAGGUUAUGAAACAGCAACAAUCUGAUGAAAUUCAUGACCUGCAACAGAAACUCAGAAAAGUUUUUAAUGAGAAAGAUUCUCUUUUGGAAUUAAUCAAUAAAUUGCAGGCUGAAGUUGAAGAGGCUAAGGAACUAAAACAAAUUGUAAAUAAUUUUGAAGAGAAGAAUCAGGAAUUGGCAUCUUCAAUUCAAAUGAGGGAGGCAAUUGUGCUUGAUUCGAAAGAACAUGUGGAUAAUUUAAUGAAAGAGAAGGAGGAACUAAUGUCAAAAAUUGGAAUCGCUGAAAAGUCAAUAAAUAGGUUGGAACAAUCUCUUACAGAGGAGCAGGGUAAAUGUGCAGAACUCCAACAACAAAUAGAAGUGCUCAAUAAGAACAACUGUGAGUUGGAAAAGAGAUUGGAUGAAACAACACUGCAUUUAAAAGAGACGGUUUCUGAAAAAGAUACUUAUUGUCAAAAAUUCAGUGACAUGAAAAACAGAUUAGAAACUAUAAAAACUGAGAAGGAGUAUUUGGACUCUCAAACAAAAAAAAUGGAGGAACUUACUGCAAAGUUACAAAAGGAAAAGGAUUUGUUGCAAAGUGAAUUAUCUACAUUCAGACUGCAAAAUGAAAACAUGGAAACAAAUGAAAAACUUCAAGAUCUCAGUAAACAACUACAGGCUUUGAUUCAAGAAAAGGAAAACUUGGAAAUAGCAGAUAGACUUGAAAAACAGCAAUUUUUAAAUGUUAGGCAUGCAAUAAUUAAUAUUCUUAAACAAGAAGCUUUUAGUUUUGCAAAUGGUGGAGAUGAAAUCAGUGUAAUUGAGGCAAUGCAAUUACUUGAAAAACAUGUUACAAAAAUUAGGGAAGAAAAGCAGUCUGCGGCACUGCUAUCUAAUGAGCGCGUACAACAUUUGCAAGAGGAAUUGCAAUUACAGAGUGAUGCAAAUAGAGAUCUGCAGGCUGAACUAGGUGGUUUAAUCGAUGACCUCAAACAGGAGAAAAGUCUUUUGCAAAAGCAUCUAGAUGAAGCACUGCUUGAUAAGGAAGGUUUGCAAAGAGAUCUGCUAGAGAUGAAAAAUCUGAGUGAAAAAAAUAAUCUUGAGAAUGAAGAUCUGCUCAUUCAGCUUCGAAAUGUUACAGAGAAGCUUGAAAACAUGGAAACACAGAAGCAAGUACAGAAUGAGAAAACGGAACAAGAAGCAGCAGAGAAACUGAAGUGUCAAUUGAACGAAAAAGAAUGUGAACUGUCAAAAUGUAAAGAGGAGCUUGAAACAUUGAAGGAUUUGAUGUUGAAAAUCUCCAGUGAAGAAAGCACCUUAAAAAACACAAUUGUGGAAAUGAAUGAGAAAGUUGUUCAACUAGAAAAAGUAAGCAAUGAGAAGGAAAAUCGAAUAAACAAGAUUAAAGCUGUUGCUGUGAAAGCUAAGAAAGAACUUGAUGCCAGCAAAAAUCAGGUGUUACUGUUAACAGAAGAGAUGGAGAUUGUAAAGUCUGAGCGGGAUCGACUCUCUUUUUCAAUUAAAGACCUCAUGCAAGGAUCUGAAAACUACAAGAAUCUUUUGCUAGAAUAUGAGAAGCAAGCAGAAAAGCUGGAUAUGGAAAAGGAGCGAGCAAAUAACUGUGAAAAUCAGGUGGAGGAACUCACACAACACUUGAAUGCUUGCCUUCAAGAGCAUAAACAGUUAGCUUCAGAGAAAGAAGAUGUGUUGGCCCAUUUAGGAACUUCGCAGUCGAAUGCCAAACAGCUGGAAGUACAGAUAUUAGAAUCUGAAAAAGCUAAGACAGCUGUUGAAAAGGAGUUGGAGGCCAUAAAACUUGUUAAGGAACAGAUAUCUAAGGACAAUUGUAUACUGGUAAAAGAAAUCGAAGAACUUAAAAAGCAACUUCAAAAUGAGAAACACCAGCUGCAACAAACAGUACAAGAACUGGAACAUGUGAGAAAGGAUGCUCAAAAAAGCACGCUAAUGGACAUGGAGAUUGCAGAUUAUGAGCGCUUGGUAAAAGAACUGAACCAGAAAAUUACUGAUCGAGACAGCAGGAUUGGCGAAGUGGUGGAAGAAACAACAUCAUGCAAACAGAAACUGGCUAACUUGGAAGAUCAAAUAAGAUCUCUUCAGAAAACAUUGGAGGAAAACAAAGAGAAAAACACCAAGAUGAAACAAAUGUUAGUGAAAACAAAGAAAGAACUUACUGAUUCAAAAAGAGCUGAAGCAGAGCAAUUAGUUCUUCAAGCUUCUAUUAAAGGAGAUCUGGAAUUAAGCCAACAGCAAGUGGAAAAUUACAAGAUCCAAAUGGCGGAAUUAACUGCUGAAAACCAUAAGACUCAUGAGCAGUUGCGUCAGGCAAAUGAACAAAACCAUCGGACUUUGAGUGCAUUUACACAGAAGAUAGCAGCUCUGCAAGAAGAAUGCAGUAAUGCUAAGGCGGAACAAAAGGCAACUGCUGAAGAUUUUGAAAGUUACAAAGUUCGUGUUCAUAAUGUCUUAAAGCAACAAAAGAACCGAUCAGCUACCCAGAAUGAAAAUGAAUUGACCCAGCAAGAAAAAGAACAUCUGCAAAAAGUGAUUGACCAGUUGAAAGCUAAAUUACAUGAAACUCAGUGCCAGCUGCAAGUCAGUGUGGGUGAGUUGCAGGCUCUACAGUUAGAGCAUGACAUGCUGCUGGAACGACAUAACAAGAUAUUGCAGGAAACUGUUACCAGGGAGACUGAGAUUCGAGAAAAACUUUGCAGUGUCCAGUCAGAAAAUGCAAUGUUGAAAUCAGAACAUGUUCAGACUGUGAGUCAGUUGAACAUCCAGAAUGAAGCAGCUCAAAAGAGCUUUCGCGAGCAAGUCCAGGAACUACAGGAAAAUCACAAAAAGACCGUUGAAUCAUUACAGAACCAAUUGUCUACAAUGGAAGCACAAAUAUUCCAGCUUAAAAAUGAAAACAGUUUAGCAAGUUCUCCCCCAAUUCAGUCUUCAGGGAAGAAUUUGCGUGACCGAAAAAGCAUGGACUUAUCUCUAAUAGAUAUAAAUUCUAUUGAUCGUGAAGAAGGAGAGGGAAUGGAGAUGACCGAAACAGAAUCAGUACUAUCGACUAGUAGCCAGGUUGCAUCACUUGAGCAGUUACUCAGCUUUCCUGAGACUAAAUCAGAUGUUCCUCAGUGGCAGCCUGAGCCAACUAAAGAAGAAAUUGCGCAAAAGUUAAACACAGCUACAAAGAGCAUUGACCACUUAAGUGGGCUCCUCAGAGACACAGAGGCUACCAAUGCCAUGCUUAUGGAACAGAUUACGCUGCUGAAAAGUGAAGUAAGGAGGCUAGAAAGGAACCAAGAGCGCGAGAAGUCUAUUGCAAACCUAGAAUACUUGAAGAAUGUUAUGUUGAAGUUCAUAUUCCUAAACGCAGGAAGUGAGAAGCAGGGUCUUCUCCCGGUAAUUGACACAAUGUUGCAACUGAGCCCAGAAGAAAAAAGUAAACUUGCUGCUGUUGCUCAAGGGGAAGAAGAAAGCACUUCAAGGUCAUCAGGUUGGGCUUCAUAUCUUCAUAGUUGGUCUGGACUUUGAUACGGUUCAAUAGGGCAAAAUAUUUCAGUUAACAUUCCAGCCUUACCACAAAGUGCGGAUAAUGACAGAAGACUGCCUUAGACUUUUUGUUUUGUGUGUUUCUAGUUUGAUUUGUAAAUAUCUUUUUUUGUGUUCAUGUUCUUUUUUAUUAUUUCUAACUUGACAAACCUAUGGGGUAGAAAUUGUAACUGGAAGGAGAAAUUUUAAUGUGAUUUGCACAGGAGAGUCAUUGAUCUUUAAAGUAAAUUUAUGAUGAAUCUAUUUUUCUUAUUUCAAUACUGUCAAAGCAGUGUUAGGCAUGUGUCUGAUAAUACUUGGCAUGACAGACCCAAUUACUAAUAUACUACUGUAAAAACAGUUACUGAUGAUAUGGAGUCUACAGAAAUGAAAAUGCUGAAGCUACUCCAGGUCACGCAUAAUCUUUGAGCUUACAAAUAUUAACGUUUCAGCAUGACCUUUCGUCACAACUGCUUGCUAUUCUACAGGUUAUUAAAGCAAAUAACAGGGUAGUAAAGGGAAGAAGACAUCUGUGAUGGGGGAGGGGAUUUUAAAUCUAAUUAACAUCCCAGAUAAUUUGCAUUUGAUCCCUAGUCCUGUUUAUCCAAUCCCAUCAUUUUCUGUUUAUUUAAGAGUUUUCAGCACUUGCCAUCUUACUUAUGGAAGCAAUAGUUUAUGUACAGCAAAAGUUGUUCGUUUAGUCUAAAACCAAAUUUUAUCAUGACCAAAACAUGAAUGGAUUGUAUAAAAAGCUGUAAGUUUAAGUAUGGGCAUUAUAUAGAUAUAUUAAAACAUAGCAUUCCAAUGUUAUUAGAGUUAUAUAUGUUAUCAUAUUGGCAUGAAAUCUUUUCAGAAAAUUAGACAUAUUUUCAUUGGGAUCAGUUAUAUGUUUGAAUUUGUUCAACUCUUACUAGGUGUAGUAAUUUAACUGGAAUAAGUCUAUACUAAAAAGGUGUUGGAAGAUGUAGAAAAUGAAAGUGAUUGAAAGAUUUGCCCACCACUGAGGUUUUUGAAAGGUGUUUCUGGAAGUGUCUAAGUCUGUUGGAUACAUUUUUUAAAAAAUACAAGUAAAGUGCACUUUCUUCGGUUGUGUAUGCAUUUUCACCUGGAGCUUUUCAUUGGAGGGAUCAAAUGAAUUAUUUUGAAAUAAUAUAUAUUUGAAGUAUUUAUUUUCUAAAACCAUCCCUUCAAAUUGUACAUACUGGCAAUUGAAGAUUAUUCUGUAUAUGUUGGUUUACUAUUUCUUAAUUCUGAUAUGAGGCUAACUGAUUUCCCUUUUCCAGAUUUCUACGAUUUCCAUUAAGCAUUUGAUACUGGUGGCUGAAUUAUCAAAUGUUCAAUUUGAUGCCUGAACUAGAAAGUGUAUUAGAGCACUAAAGUGUUGAGCCUUCUGCAAAUAUUUCCCAGCUUUCCAUAAAUGCAUCCACAAAUCAUUAGAUUUCUUUGCUAAAUCAAAUCUUUGCCCCUAAAUUUUAUUGACAUUUUACACUCAACCAUGAGCCAUUUGUAAAAUAUUACUGUUCAUUUUUCAAAACUACAGCAGAAAAGGGUAUUUCAUUUAUAAUAUGUGAAGCAAGAAAUGUGAAGAUUGAUCUCAGGUCAUUUGUUGAUUGUGUUGAUGGACUUGUAAAUGGAUUUUCAACCAGUGUGCAUAUUCGUUUCUCAGCACAUCAGAACCAGUAAGGAGGAUCAGAGUUAACUACUGUCUGUUGUGUUCUUGAAUAAAUCACAUUUGAUUCUAAUGCUGACUUCUUGUCUUAGACAUAUUUUGUAAAAUGUUAUAGAUGGCCACACAGAUGAAGUUGAUUUAUGGAAAAAUUUGUACCUUUCUACUAUGUGAAAUUUUUUGAUACUCGUUCUACCCUCAUUGUAGCAAAUUUCUUGAGAGCUAAGAAUUGUAAUUGAUCAUUUAUUAAAAGCCAUUAAUAAUGGAGAGGGAGCUCCAGAAUUUAGACCCAGUGACAACAAAGGACCAGCAAUAUAAUUUCCAGUCAGGAUAUUCUGCACCACAGACUGGGACUUGCAUGUCUUGGUAUUUCCAUGCAUCCGCUACCCUUGCCCUUUGUUAGUAGGUGUUGUAUUUUGGGAGGAGUGCUAUAAAAAUGGCUAAGUAAGUAACUGCAUAGAAUUGUACAGACGGUACACUGCAACUACUUAAUACCAAUGGGGAGGUAACAUAUUAAGAGAAGUUGAAGGGAUACAAUCAAGUAGACUGCUUUAUCAAGAUGUUUUCAAGUUUCUUGUCGCUAUCAGGAACUAGAACAUUCUGUUUAACCUUGUAAUCAAUCAAGUAAAAAGCAUCCUAACAUACUGCAGAGUAGUAGGUAAAAGUUUGGUGUGCAGUCGUCCAGUUACUGUCUUAUUGGGCAUUAUUCACCAUACCUCCUCUGUAUUCUCUUUUCCAUAGAUGCUGCCUGACCUGCUGAGUUCCUCCAGCAUUUUAUGUGUGUCUCGCAUAUCAACUAUUUUCAUUUAAACUAAGCUAGAAUUUCACUGGUGUGUUUGAAUGCAAUUUUUGUUUACUUUUCAGAUGAUUGCUUUAAAUA